AUGCAAAAUAAUUGUUCUUCAGUUUUACAACAAGAAAUUCAGGAAAUAUCGAUCAACAGUUUAUUAGCAAAGCUGAAUUCUAUAGAAGAACAAGCACUAGAUGAUAUUAAGUUGUCCGCUCGUGAAAUUGCUUAUAGUAGUCAAACAGAGUCGUUAGCUGUUGCAAGAAAUAGCGCUAUUGGUGGUGAUGAUGAUCUUCUUUACACCAGUGUUGUGAACAGCGGGGCAAAAAAGAAGAAAUUAGAAAGAAAAAUAAUUUGCAUGUAA